CCAGCCGUGCAAGAGGAGAGGCAGAGGAGCCGGGAGCGGGCGGAGAGCGAGGCGGAGUGCGUGGGGGGCGCCCACGAAGGCAUGCCCGUGGAGAGGAUCCUGGAGGCGGAACUGGCCGUCGAUUCAAAUACAGAGUCCUACGGCGACAUGAGCAUGGAGAGCUCGACCAACGACCCUGUCACCAACAUCUGCCACGCGGCCGACAAGCAGCUGUUCACCCUUGUCGAGUGGGCCAAGCGCAUCCCCCACUUCUCGGGCCUCACGCUGGAGGACCAGGUCAUCCUGCUCCGCGCAGGGUGGAACGAGCUUCUGAUCGCCUCCUUCUCCCACCGCUCGGUCUCCGUGCAGGACGGCAUUCUCCUGGCCACCGGGCUGCACGUGCACCGGAGCAGCGCCCACAGCGCUGGCGUGGGCUCCAUCUUUGACAGAGUCCUGACCGAGCUGGUCUCCAAAAUGAAAGACAUGCAGAUGGACAAGUCGGAGCUGGGGUGCCUGCGCGCCAUCGUGCUGUUUAACCCAGAUGCCAAGGGUCUGUCCAACCCCUCUGAGGUCGAGACCCUUCGGGAGAAGGUCUACGCCACCCUCGAGGCCUACACCAAGCAGAAGUACCCGGACCAGCCAGGCAGGUUCGCCAAGCUGCUGCUGCGCCUGCCCGCCCUGCGCUCCAUCGGCCUGAAGUGCCUGGAGCACCUCUUCUUCUUCAAGCUCAUUGGGGACACGCCCAUCGACACCUUCCUGAUGGAGAUGCUGGAGACCCCGCUGCAGGUCACCUGAGCCUCCGGCCGCGCCUCCCGCCCGGCGGAGCUCUGGGCAGGUGUGUGGGGACCCGUCCUGCCCACGCCCCUCCACGUCCCACCGACCCCUUCCUGCCCCUGGAAUGUGAUGUUUAUAAUAAA